UUGGGAUAUAGUCAAAUAGCUGCAACCCAUGGUAACAGAUAAGAAAAUGGAAUCCAAGGCGUAGAUUUGAAAUAAUUUCGCCGUUUAGAUUUCAUUUCUUUGGCUGUCACAAGGUUAGCUGCAACCGGGCAGCAGCUAAAUUUCGUCCGAAAUUAAAAGACUCUUGCCCGCCCAAAGAGCCGAGAGGUGAGACACUUCAGUCUGUCUCUUGGGCUCCAGAGGCUUCAAGCUCCUGAGCGCAAGCAAAAUCAAAUGGCUUGUCUGGUAUUCCCAAUCCCAUCUUUGUCAUCGUCCUUACCAAACCCACGGCUUCUUAAAGACAACUCCACGCCCUCCCUCCUCUGCAACGGACUGAGGUUUAAAGGGCAAGAACGCCAUUCUAAGAAAACCGGUUUCUUCUUACUUAAGUGUGGUGUUACUAAGGUGAAGGAACAUUCUUCAAAAAAAUAUCCAUUCAUUAGUGAACCACACAAGUACUUUGAUCAGGUUGUCAUCACAGUUCGUUCUGGAGAUGGAGGCCAUGGUGCCGUUCUUACUAUGCCCAUGCCCAACCAAAGGACUCCUUCCAAGUCAUCAGCAAAACAUGACCAGCAGAGAAAGAAGAAGAGUUUGUACAAAAGGGAUUUUGAUGGGUCGCUUAUCCUGCCCAUGGGUGGUCAUGGAGGAGAUGUAAUCAUUUAUGCUGAUGAGGGCAAAGAUUCGUUAUUGGAAUUUCACAAGAAGAGUCGCUACAAUGCAAAGCGUGGGGGAAACGUCGAUGCCAUGGGUGUUUUGACCUCCCAACUGCACGACGGACUUGCUGCUCCCACAUUGCGUAUUCCAGUGCCUGUAGGUACCGUUGUAAAACGUAAGCGAGGAAAGCUUCUGGCCGAUUUAGCACAUCCAGGCCAAGAAAUUCUAGUUGUGAGGGGUGGACAAGGAGGGAUUAGCUUGUUAGAGAUGCCUGAACAUAGAAGGAAACAAUUGAUGGCCUUAACGACUAAUAUCAUGAGAGAUGAUGAUGACAAGGUCUUAGUUCUUGGUCAACCUGGGGAGGAGGUUAGUCUGGAGUUGAUAUUGAGAGUAGUUGCUGAUGUUGGUUUAGUGGGACUUCCAAAUGCUGGAAAAUCAACCCUUUUAGCUGCCAUCACACUUGCAAAACCUGAUAUUGCUGAUUAUCCAUUCACAACAUUAAUGCCAAACCUUGGACGCCUCGAUGGUGACCCUAGUUUAGGGGCAGGGAAGUAUACAUCUGAGGCAACAUUAGCUGAUUUGCCUGGUCUAAUCGAAGGUGCUCACCUGGGGAAGGGUCUUGGUCGGAAUUUUUUGAGACACUUGAGGAGGACUCGGCUAUUAGUCCAUGUUAUUGAUGCAGCUGCUGCGAAUCCUGUGAAAGAUUAUAGAACUGUUAAAGAAGAGCUGAGGAUGUACAAUCCUGAAUACCUUGAACGGCCAUAUGUUGUGGUGUUAAAUAAGAUUGACCUCCCAGAGGCGAGUGAUAGGUUGCCUUCUUUGAUUCAAGAGAUAUCAGCAAUUGGAUGCAAUGAGAUACCCUCAGAGCCAGAAAUUAGUAGUGAAAAAGUGGCUCAACUAAUGCCCUUAGAUAGUGAACAUGAAACCACACCUUUGGUUUCCCCUAUUAGAGACACAAAGGAAAAAGAAAUUGAUGACUAUCCACGUCCUGUAGCUGUUGUGGGUGUUAGCGUUCUUAAAGGCAUCAGGAUCACUGAAAUGUUGAAGGAGAUUAGGGCAGCAUUAAGGAAGUGCCAAGGUUCAGACAAAGCAUUGGAACUGAGUAUGCAAUUAUGAUUAUACAACUUCAAAAGCUCCAUGUAGAGAAAUGCUUUCAUAUCGGGCUGAUGCUAAGAGAUGGAGUAGAGAUCAGUUCUGUUGUGGGUAACCUAAGAGCCUAUCUAGAGGCACAUGGAACAGAUAAUGCAAGUCAUAACUCAUGUCCACAUUUUUGUGAAACUUAAUGAUGAUUUGAGUUUGUACAGGUAUCUUCCUGGAGCUGGUUGGCCUUCCUCCGAACCAGCAAGGCUUUUGCUGACUUGCAGAAGCGUACUCCAUAUAUUAUACCAAAUGCUGGAAAUAGUUUUAGUUCAUCGAUAAAGGCAUGUGUAACCCCAUCUUUAAACAACCACCCCACUAGUCUCCCUGAAGAUGAAAUUGUAUACCCAUCAUAUUUUCUCUGGCUUCUCAUCCUGCCUUGUAUAUGCGGUCUGUCUAUGUUUAUAUCUUUUUAGUCUUCAUAUGCAACUAUCUUUCUUAGUUGAUUAUCUGAAACAAUAAUGUAUUUUGUUGCAUC